AUGUCUGAUAUAGUCAACGAGACUUGGCAAGAAUACCAUAAGCAACUUCAGCUUCACCCUCUUAGAACCAAGGCAAUUACAGCAAGUGCCUUAGUUGGGCUCAAUUAUGCAAUAGCCGAGAAGACCUCUGGGGUCAAGAAGCUUCAAUUGAGAAGAUUGCUUCUUAUGAUGCUAUAUGGAUUUGCAUACGCAGGACCAUUUGGACACUUCCUCCACAAAUUAAUGGAAAUUAUAUUCGACGGAAAGCAGGACAAUAAAACUGUUGAUAAAAGGGUGUUGCUUGAACAACUAACAAUUUCUCCUUGGAACAACUUCAUUUUCAUGAUGUACUAUGGCUUAGUUGUUGAAGGAAGGCCAUGGAGUUUAGUGAAAAGUAAUUUAAGAAAGUACUACCCAUCUGUUCAGCUGGCCACGUGGAAGUUUUGGCCAAUUAUUGGUCGGGUGAAUUAUCAAUACAUACCAUUGCAAUUCCGAGUUAUUUUUCAAAUCUUGGUUGGCCAAUGCUGGUCUAUCUUUUUAAAUCUGAACGCAAGAUCCAAAGCAGUCAAGAAGGCGUAG